AUGGCUGACUUCCAAAACAUUCGCGUUACUAAGGGCACUACGUCCGGGGCUACUUCCGGCGACGAUAUAUGGGGCACGCCGACUUCCGGCGGACCGGACGACGAGAGUUUCAUGGCCAAUUCGCCGCCGCCGAACGGCUGCAGCAGCGGCGGUGCAGUGGUGAACACCGGCGAGGACAAUUACGGCCUAAACCUGUCGGCGGAAGAUGACGCCGAUCAAGAAUUGGAGAACGAGGACUGCUCGUUGCCGGAGCUAAGCAUGGACCAGCUGCUUGGCGGCGGCGGUAGUCUAGGUUCGUUGCGCUGCUUCCUGGGUAGGAGACGGCUGGAGCCGCUGCCGGAAGAGGAGGACUCGCCCGGCAGCGGCAAGCACCAGGUCGGAUGGUGGUGACAGCGGUUUCAAACGACGUC